CUCAAUUUCAGUCUUUCCAAAGACUCCUCCUUCCUUGGAAGCAUCUUUGAACCCGCCUCCGUGGAACGCGGACACUCGUUGCGCGCCAGUCUGGCACUUAGCUUGAAUUACGGUCUCAAUGAAGACGUGAUGAUGCAAAACCCACAGCAACAACAGCAAAGUUUUUGGAUCAUUGAUUUAGCCGGUCAGGUGUCACACUUCCCAGGUCUCUUUCGACUGAAGGUCUAUCCUGAGGAGGCCGGAGGAAGCGGAAGCGGCAGCAGUGGAAGUGGAGCAGACUCGAUCGAGGAGCUGGAAGAACAUGAAAAAAUGCCCGAUGGAGAACCUCUUUUGGACUACGAAGUGGGGGUGUUUGAGGAGAAUAAAUUUGAGGUGAGUAAAUUCUGCAAGUCUAUAUGA